AUGAUGUUUAUGGUGUGUUUGGUGACGGAGCUUGUUUAUUGUGAAAAGGAAGUAAGAUGCAUAGAGAGAGAGAGGGAAGCACUCCUCCGACUCAAGGCUGCCAUUGUAGAUCGCUAUGGCAUGCUCUCUUCUUGGACCACUCCUCACUGUUGCCAAUGGCAGGGAAUUCGCUGCUCCAACCUCACUGGACAUAUUCAAAUGCUCGAUCUGCACGGAGAAUUUCAUGACGAAAUUUCUUCCAAUUUUUACAUUGAAUUUUCGUCAAAACGUUUUAUCAGCGGAGAGAUCCACAAGUCGUUGAUGGAGUUGUCACAAUUACAGUAUUUGAACCUCAGUUCUAAUUCUUUCUUAGACAGCAAUAUUCCAGAGUUUCUUGGCUCUCUUAGCAACUUGAGAUACCUCGAUCUUUCAUCGUGUGAUUUUGACGGAAAAAUUCCAACCCAAUUUGGGUCUCUUUCUCAUUUGAAAUACUUAAAUCUCGCUGGUAAUUUUUUGGAGGGUCCAAUCCCUCGUCAACUCGGAACUCUCUGUCACUUACAAUAUCUUGAUCUCCGCGGCAAUGAUUUGGAAGGGAAUAUACCAAUUCAACUCGGAAAUCUCUCUCACUUACAAUAUCUUGGUCUCCGCGGCAAUGAUUUGGAAGGGAAUAUACCAAGUCAACUUGGAAACCUGUCAAACUUACAAGAGCUUUAUAUUGGAGGUGGCGCUCUCAAAAUUGGUAAUGGAGGUCAGUGGUUAUCUAAUCUCAUUUCUUUAACCCAUCUUUACUUAUCAUCCAUAUCAAAUCUUUAUCAUUCUCCGCAAAUGAUUGGUAAGCUACCAAAAUUAAGGGAACUAAGUUUAUUCGAUUGUAGCCUUACUGAUAAUUUUUUCCUCUCUUUGAGGCCAUCUAUAUUCAAUUUUUCUACUUCCCUCACGGUCCUUGAUCUAUCCGAGAACACCCUCAUGUCAACAAUGAUAUUCCAAUGGGUGGCAAACUUCACUCCCAACCUUGUUGAGCUUCAGCUUGUUAGUAAUCUCUUGGAGGGUUCUGUACCAAAUCACUUUGGUUUGGCAAUGAAUUCACUUGAGCACCUUAACCUCCACUCUAACAGAUUCAAGGUUGAGGUUUUGCAAUCUUUCAUGAAUAUAUGCACCUUAAAAUCUUUAAGCAUGGGUGGAAACACUUUGAACCAAAGUCUUUCAUCAAUUCUUCAUAAUUUGUCUAAUGCUUGUGCGAGAAAUUCAUUACAAGAAUUGGAUCUGAGAUUUAGCCAAAUUCACGGUUCUUUACCGGAUUUCUCCAUGUUCACAACUUUGAAAAGAUUACAACUUGCUGGUAAUCAAUUAUCUGGGAAGAUACCUGAAGCCAUAUUACCAUCUCGAUUGGAGACACUGUCACUCCUAUUCAACUUUUUAGAAG